UUCUACAGGUGUAAUGAGAGAACCGUGUGUUUGAUUCCAGCACAUCAUGACUGAGCCCGAUGAGAUCGCCACCAUGUCAGGUCAGAAGCUUCCUCUGAAGAUGUCCGUGGACUACAUUUCCUUCUCCGCUCACACCGACUACCAGCAGACCAGCGAGUUCAUCCGAGCUCUCAAACCGCCUCACGUGAUUCUGGUCCACGGCGAGCAGAACGAGAUGGCCCGACUGAAAGCGGCUCUGAUCCGCGAGUACGAAGACAACGACGAGGUCGACAUCGAAGUCCACAACCCGCGAAACACCGAAGCCGUCACGCUCAACUUCAGAGGAGAGAAGCUGGCGAAGGUGAUGGGCUCUCUGACCGACAGGAAGUGCGCUCAGGGUCAGAGGGUCUCCGGGAUCCUCGUCAAGAGGAACUUCAACUAUCACAUCGUGACGCCCUCCGACCUCUCCAACUACACAGAUCUGUGUAUGAGCACAGUGACUCAGACUCAGGCCAUCCCAUACACCGGCCCCAUCUCACUGCUGGUCAGCCAGCUACGCAGCCUCGCAGGAGACGUGGAGCAGGUGGAGGGAGCGGAGAAGAUCACCGUCCGGAUCUUUAAGAGCAUCACUCUAGUUCAUGAGGCCGGGAUGGUGCUGCUGGAGUGGAUCGCCAACCCGCUCAACGACAUGUACGCUGAUGCCGUCACUACGGUGGUCCUGGAGGUCCAGUCCAACCCCAACGCCCAGAAGUUUCUGGAAGGCAAGAAGGAAACGUUCGACAUGGAGGUGUUCAUGGAGAGGCUGGAGCUCAUGCUGCACGACAUGUUCGGAGACGACUGCGUGAACUUCAGAGACGGUGAAGACUUUAGUGUGACUGUGGACGGAGUCACGGCGUCCAUCGACCCAGAAACCAGAUCCGUGGCGUGCACCGAGGACGAGUCUCUGAGGGAGAUGGUGGAGGUCGCCGUCCACCGACUCUACGACGCACUAAGCCCCGCCUUCUGACGGUGAUGUCACCAGCGGGGGUCCUCGUUUCCCUCCUUUAACAAAGAGAAACUCUUUGUUGUGAAACCUGAUUCCAAAGGAAUCAACGAUCUGCAGCUGAUUGAUUUUGUACUUUGAUCUGUAAAAACUAAAUAAAGUUUGUCAACAGAGAAAAAAGUUUGUUUUUGUUCUGAGACAACAACAAACACGAGAAGAAAUCCUGAUUUUCAUAAUGAGUUUAUCUGCUCAUGGACUGCGAGUAUAAAAACAUCUCGCAGGCAUCCUGAAGAAGAAUUCAACCACUUUAUUUCAGAGUUUUCGUCACAUGACAAUAGUCAGUAAAAACAUCUUAUUUUGAAAACACGGUGACGAGACGAACAUCAGUGAUAGUCUGUAAUAUACAACAAAUACUGACUAGUGCUUCUGAAUACCACAGAAGAAGAGAAGGCACAGUUCUGUCAUUUAACAACAUGUAGUAUGGAUUAAUAUAGAAAUAAAACGACACAAGUACACAGGUGUUACCACAAUAAAAGCCUGAGUGGUGAUUUGAAACGUGUCGGAUUUAAACAUUUAACAGUUUUAUAUUUAUAUUA